AUGGAGACAGUUAAUCACACUGUAACUGAGUUCAUCCUAGUUGGUUUGACUCAGGAUCCUGUGAUGCAGCUGGUGCUUUUUGUCCUUUUCCUCAUGGUAUACUCUGUGACUGUGAUGGGGAAUAUUGCUCUGAUAAUAUUAAUCUGUACAGACUCCCGGCUACACACUCCCAUGUAUUUCUUCAUUGGGAAUUUAUCUUUUCUGGAUCUCUGGUAUUCAUCGGUUUAUACUCCUAACAACAUAGUGACAUAUGUCUCUGGUGACAAGAGCAUCUCCUUUGCUGGUUGCUUGGCUCAAUUUUUCUUUUCAGCUGGGUUAGGAUAUAGCGAAUGUUACCUAUUGACUGCAAUGGCAUAUGACCGUUACAUGGCUAUAUCUAACCCUUUGCUUUAUGCUCAAGCCAUGUCUUCAAGGUUAUGUGUGGGCCUUGUAACAGUUUCAUAUCUUGGAGGCUUUGUAAACUCCACUAUCAUUACAAGUGAAACAUUCACCCUGACUUUCUGUGGGGAUAAUGUCAUUGAUGAUUUCUUCUGUGACCUACCACCCCUUGUGAAACUGGCAUGUGAUGUGAAGCCUAGUUACCAUAUUGUGCUCUAUUUCCUUUUGGCUUCCAAUGUCCUUACACCCAUUGUUUUCAUUCUGACCUCCUACCUCUUCAUCAUUGUUGCCAUCUUAAGGAUUCGCUCCACACAGGGUCAACUCAAAGCCUUCUCCACUUGCUCCUCUCAUUUGAUCUCUGUCACUUUGUACUAUGGCUCUAUUCUAUACAUUUAUUAUCGUCCCAGUUCUAGCUACUCCUUAGAGCAGGAUAAAAUUGUCUCUUUAUUUUAUACUGUGGUUUUCCCCAUGCUGAACCCCAUGAUCUACAGUCUAAGGAACAAAGAUGUAAAAGAAGCUCUGAAGAAAUUGUUCAAGAUGACUUCCUGA